UUAGUAAUUAUUUGCCCUAAGUACAACGUUCAACUAGAAACAGUCGUGUAAUAUCAAGCCGCGGGUUCAAGGUCGAUUAUUAAAUAAAAACUGUUUAAUUGGUCGAUUAUGAUUUGAAGUAGAAUCUUGGCGCAAAGUAAAUAAAUACAUUAAGUUUUAAAGUGGACAUAAUUUGCAAAAUAAUAUCACGUAUCCAUAGCUGUCAGUGCUCUCCUAGUCCAACAAGAGAAUCAUCGUUUUCUUGUAAAACACAUUUCCGCAAAAUAAGAAGGUCCUUAAGAUUGUAUCAUCCAACCAUCCUUAAAAAACUUUGAGAUCGAUUUUCUCAAAACUAAGGAUGGAUAGUUUCUGGAUUCAAGGUGCAAUAGGUGCAAUUAAUGUGAUAACCCUAGUUUACGAUAUCGUGACACUACCUGUUUAUCUUGUUUUGCAAAGACCAUGGAAACGAAGACAGGAUGCAAUAAGAUUAAAGGCAAAAAUAGUGAAAAAAGAUGAAAAUCAAGUUACCUACAGGACAAUCGAACCACCACGUGAAGUACAUGUUAAAAUGUUACAAGCUAAUAUUAGCACACUUGAAAACAUGUUUAAUUAUGUCGCAAAAACUCAUACGACUAAGCGGUGCCUCGGCACCCGACAAAUUCUAAGUGAAGAGGAUGAAGUGCAACCUAAUGGCCGGGUAUUCAAAAAGUACAAUAUGGGCGAUUACAAAUGGAAGAACUUCAUUGAAGUUGAACGUUUAGCAGCAUCAUUUGGCCGUGGUCUACGUGAACAUGGACAAAUACCUGGCACAAAUAUUGUUAUAUUUGCUGAAACAAGAGCCGAGUGGAUGAUUGCCGCACAUGGGUGCUUUAAACAGAAUAUGAGAAUUGUUACCGUUUACGCUACUCUUGGAGAUGAAGGGGUUGCCCAUUGUAUAAAUGAAACUGAAGUCACUGCGGUAAUUACAACUCAUGAUCUGCUUCCAAAAUUCAAAUCCCUUUUGGAUAAAACACCAAACAUUAAAACUAUUAUUUACAUGGACGAUCAGUUGUGUAAAACAGAAACAAGUGGGUUUAAAGAUGAAGUAGAACUUAUUCCUUUCUCCCAAGUCAUUCGCAGCGGAGCUACUAGUAAAUUCGAGGGAGUACCACCAAGUGCAACUGAUAUUGCAAUUAUAAUGUAUACUUCUGGAUCAACUGGCACACCGAAGGGUGUAUUACUUUCGCAUAACAAUCUUAUUGCGACAAUGAAGGGAUUUUGUGAUGUUGUACCCAUAUAUCCAGACGAUGUUCUUUUAGGUUUCCUUCCACUUGCUCAUGUUUUCGAACUUCUUGCCGAGAGUGUUUGCCUUUUGACGGGUGUUCCAAUUGGUUACUCAACACCUUUGACUCUUAUCGAUACCAGUAGUAAAAUUAUGAAAGGAUGUAAAGGUGAUGCAACUGUUCUGAAACCAACUUGUAUGACUACAGUACCGCUAAUUUUGGAUCGCAUUACAAAAGGAAUCAAAGACAAAGUGAAUUCUGCCUCAGCUUUUCAAAAAGCAUUGUUUAACUUCUGUUAUAACUAUAAAGUAAAAUGGACUGCACAAGGAUAUCAAACCCCAAUUAUUGAUAGAUUGGUUUUUAAGAAAGUGGCUAAGCUAAUGGGAGGGCGAGUUCGAAUAAUGAUGUCUGGUGGGGCACCACUUUCACCUGACACUCAUGAACAAAUCAAAAUCUGUUUGUGUGUAGAUCUUGUUCAGGGAUACGGGUUGACUGAAACAACAUCGGGAGCAACUGUAAUGGACUAUCGAGAUAUGACGUAUGGGCGGGUUGGAGCCCCCCUAACAAUGUGUGACAUCCGUUUAGUAAAUUGGGAAGAAGGAAACUACAGAGUAACAAAUAAACCAUAUCCUCAGGGUGAAAUUGUUAUAGGUGGUGAUAGUGUGUCCUUAGGUUACUACAAGCUUCCUCUAAAAACGAAAGAAGAGUUUUUUGAAGAAGAUGGAAAACGAUGGUUCCAAACCGGAGAUAUAGGUGAAAUGCAUGCUGAUGGUGUACUUAAAAUAAUUGACCGGAAAAAGGAUUUAGUAAAAUUACAAGCGGGAGAGUAUGUGUCGCUAGGAAAAGUUGAGUCGGAACUUAAAACGUGCCCCAUUGUGGAAAAUAUCUGUGUUUAUGGCGAUCCUUCAAAGCAAUAUACGGUGGCAUUGAUUGUACCUAAUCAAAAAUAUAUAGAAGAACUAGCUGCUAAAUACGGAUUGAUAUCUAGACGAUUUGAAGAACUGUGUACAUCCCCUAUUUUGGAAAAAGCUGUUAUAAAAGAAAUAACUGACCAUGGGAUAAAAUGUAAACUUCAAAGAUUUGAAAUUCCUGGUGCAAUAACCCUAUGCAAAGAAGUGUGGUCUCCAGAUAUGGGACUGGUAACAGCAGCUUUCAAACUAAAAAGAAAAGAUAUACAAGACAAAUACCAAUACGAUAUCAAUAGGAUGUAUGCCUCGUGAAAAUAACUCCGUACAUACAUAAAAUUAAAAUAAAUAAAGCCCAAAACGAUUCGAUAUAAGUUGAAACUCCAAUAAGAACCGAUAAGUAAAGAAAAACAUCAAACAAAAACAUUAUAACAGCAAAAACUAUAUUUUUAUUUACUCGGGAAGAAAAGAGAAAUAUAUAAAAUCUAAAUUGGGAUGCCAAAAGA